AUGUUCAAAGACAAAGGAGGAAAAGGAAGAGAAUUUGGAGCGCGGACACGAGCGCGGACACGAGCGCGGACACGAGCGCGGACACGAGCGCGGACACGAGCGCGGACACGAGCGCGGACACGAGCGCGGACACGAGCGCGGACACGAGCGCGGACACGAGCGCGGACACGAGCGCGGACACGAGCGCGCGGACACGAGCGCGGACACGAGCGCGCGGACACGAGCGUGGACACGAGCGCGGACACGAGCGCGGACACGAGCGCGGACACGAGCGCGGACACGAGCGCGGACACGAGCGUGGACACGAGCGCGACGAGCGGGACACGAGCGCGGACACGAGCGUGGACACGAGCGCGCGGACACGAGCGUGGACACGAGCGCGGACACGAGCGCGGACACGAGCGCGGACACGAGCGCGGACACGAGCGCGGACACGAGCGUGGACACGAGCGCGCGGACACGAGCGUGGGACACGAGCGCGGACACGAGCGCGGACACGAGCGUGGACACGAGCGUGGACACGAGCGCGGACACGAGCGUGGACACGAGCGCGGACACGAGCGCGGACACGAGCGCGGACACGAGCGUGGACACGAGCGUGGACACGAGCCGUAA